AGCGAAGUGUAGCUGGCAGAGUCUCAUAGCUUAUAAAGAGAAAGAGUAACAUCGUAGACACCACACGCAAAUUCCGAUAUCCUGAGCAAGUAGUAUCAGUUGUUAGGCAUCUUAGGUUGCUCCAGUAUGGAACAACAGUCUUUCUAACUGGAGAAAAGAACUUAGUACAAGUAGUGGCAAUGCGAUUGAAAAUUACAGUCGUCCUUGUUUCUUUGCUCGCUGUGGGCUGCUGCGGCUUUCUGGAUAAGAAAGUGUGCCAGGGGAACAACAAUAAGCUGACACGGCUGGGCUCGGCUGAUGACCACUACAGGAACAUGGUACGCAUGUACAGCAACUGCACAGUGGUGCUGGAAAACCUGGAAAUCACCUACACCAAGGAUUACCAUGACAUGUCCUUCCUCAAGAGCAUCCAAGAGGUGGGCGGCUAUGUGCUCAUUGCCCUCAACGAAGCAGACACCAUUCCCUUGGAGAACCUACGCAUCAUCCGAGGACAUGCCCUCUAUGACAAUAAGUUUGCCCUGGCUAUCAUGUCCAACUAUGAGAAGAACCACACUUCCAACACUUUGAACUACACCAAGGGAGUAAGCCAGAUAUCAAUGAGGAGCCUUACUGAAAUUCUGAAGGGAGGUGUGAAGGUCUCCAACAACCAUUUGCUGUGCAACAUUGAGACAAUACAGUGGUUUGACAUUGUGGACAAGAGCAACAACCCUGACAUGGAUCUAACCAAUGAAAGCUUUAGCCAACACUGUAGGAAAUGUGAUCCUGGGUGUUUCAAUGGUUCAUGCUGGGCACCAGGCCCAGAAAACUGCCAAACCUUGACCAGGCUGACAUGUGCUGAGCAGUGCUCCCGGAGGUGCAAGGGACCCAAGCCCAUCGACUGCUGCAACGAGCACUGUGCUGCCGGCUGCGUGGGGCCACGGGCCACAGACUGCCUGGCGUGCCGAGACUUCCAGGAUGAUGGAACGUGCAAGGGCGCCUGCCCACGCCUCAUGCUCUACGACCCCAACACACACCAGCUGGCUGUCAAUCCAGAUGGCAAGUACAACUUUGGGGCCACCUGCGUCAAGAACUGCCCACAUAACUAUGUGGUAACAGAUCACGGGGCCUGUGUUCGAACCUGCAGCCCAGGCACUCAUGAGGUGGAUGAGAACGGGAUCAGGAAGUGCAAAAAGUGUGAAGGCCCCUGUCCCAAAGUUUGUAAUGGGCUUGGAAUGGGGCCGCUUGUAGGUGUCUUGUCAAUCAAUGCCUCUAACAUUGACUCCUUCAAAAACUGCACCAAAAUAAAUGGAGAUGUUUCUGUCAUUGCAACCACUUUUAAAGGUGAUCCCUUUACCAAAACACGCAGUCUGGAUCCUACAAAGCUGGACAUAUUCAAGACAGUGAAAGAAAUUUCUGGCUUCCUUCUGAUUCAGGCCUGGCCAUCACAACUAACCUCACUCAGCCCCUUUGAAAAUUUGGAAAUCAUCCGUGGAAGGACCAAACAGCAAGGCACAGCCAGCUUUGCCGCAUUGAACCUUCCCAUCACCCACUUGGGCCUGCGUUCGCUGAGAGAGAUAAGUGAUGGUGACGUGGUCAUAAAGAACAACCGCCAGCUGUGCUACACCAAUAAGGAACACUGGAAGACACUGUUCAAGUCUGUCAAGCAGCAGUCCAAGGUGGAGGGUAACGCAGGCCCCAUCACAUGUGCUCUGCAGAACAACACGUGUGAUGAGAUGUGCACGGAGCAGGGCUGCUGGGGUCCCGGACCCACCAUGUGUUUCACUUGUCGGCACUUUGCCCGCAGGGGGCGCUGUGUGAGGGCCUGCAACCUUUUGAAUGGGGAGCCAAGAGAGUAUGUGGUGAACAGCACAUGUCUGGAAUGUGACCCAGAGUGCAAGCCUCAGAACGGAACUAAGACCUGCACUGGGCUAGGCCCUGAUAAAUGCACGGAGUGUGCCUUCUUCAAAGAUGGCCCACACUGUGUCCACAAGUGCCCACAUGGCGUGCCUGGGGAGAGUGAUACGGUCAUUUGGAAGUAUGCUGACAGGGAGAGGGUGUGCCAGCAGUGCCACGGAAACUGCACGCAAGGAUGUACUGGACCUGGACUGGCAGGCUGCAAUGCUAAAGGCUCUCAUCUGCCUUCAAUUGCGGCGGGCAUCGUGGGUGGGAUGCUGGCCUUCGUCAUCAUCUCCCUCGCCAUCUUUGUACUUCUGAGGAGACGUCACAUUAGGAGGAAGAGAACUCUGCGAAGGCUGCUGCAGGAGAGAGAGCUGGUCGAACCCCUCACUCCCAGUGGAGAGGCACCCAACCAGGCACUGCUCCGGAUACUGAAGGAGACUGAAUUCAAAAAGAUCAAGGUGCUAGGCUCAGGGGCCUUUGGCACUGUGUACAAGGGCUUGUGGGUUCCAGAGGGGGAGGAUGUGAAGAUCCCUGUUGCUAUUAAGGUCUUGAGAGAGGCCACAUCCCCUAAAGCCAACAAGGAGAUUUUGGAUGAGGCCUAUGUGAUGGCCAGUGUGGACAACCCCCAUGUGUGUCGUCUCCUGGGCAUCUGUCUGACCUCCACUGUCCAGCUCAUCACCCAGCUCAUGCCAUUUGGCUGUCUGCUGGACUACAUCAAGGAGAACAAAGACAAUAUUGGCUCACAGUACCUGCUAAAUUGGUGCGUGCAGAUUGCCAAGGGAAUGAACUACCUGGAGGAGCGACACUUGGUUCACCGUGACCUGGCAGCCAGGAACGUGCUGGUGAAGACCCCUCAGCAUGUAAAAAUCACUGACUUUGGCCUGGCCAAGCUCCUCAGUGCAGAUGAGAAGGAAUACCAUGCUGAAGGAGGGAAGGUUCCAAUCAAGUGGAUGGCCCUGGAGUCCAUUCUGCAUCGGACAUACACUCACCAGAGUGAUGUGUGGAGCUAUGGUGUGACAGUUUGGGAGCUGAUGACCUUUGGGUCCAAGCCCUAUGAUGGCAUCCCAGCCAGCGAGAUUGCGGGGAUCCUGGAGAAAGGGGAGCGCCUGCCUCAGCCGCCCAUCUGUACCAUAGACGUUUACAUGAUCAUGGUCAAGUGCUGGAUGAUUGAUGCAGACAGCAGACCACGCUUCAGGGAACUCAUCGGUGAAUUUUCUAAGAUGGCACGGGAUCCUUCACGCUACCUGGUAAUUCAGGGUGACGAACGCAUGCACCUCCCUAGCCCGAGUGACUCCAAGUUCUACCGCACACUGAUCAGCGACGAAGACAUGGAGGAUGUGGUGGAUGCGGAUGAGUACCUGGUGCCCUACAAUGGGUUCUUCAACAGUCCCAGCGCCUCCCGCACACAGCUAUUCGGCUCCACGAGCCUGAACAGCAGCAUUGGAGCCUGCCACAAUAGGAAUGGGUAUCGACACCCAAUGAGAGAGAACAGUUUGAUCCUGCGUUACAUCACAGACCCCACGGAUGGGUCUUUGGAGAGGUGCUUCCAGCCCAUUCCAGAGUAUGUAAACCAGAAUGGGACCUCGGCGUCAGAUGUGAUGAAUCCGAACUAUCAGGAGCCAGACCAGCCCCGCCCUGAACCCUUCUCUUCUACUGGAGAGCUUGGCGAGAAUGAGGCCACACACACUAACUCUUUCAAUGGUGUGCCAGAAGGCCUCCAGUACCUGAACAUAGACCAGCCCACUGCUCCCUGUGGUCAUGACCAGCAGAGGUACAGACUGCAGACCAGCCUGGACAACCCUGACUACCAGCAGGACUUCUUCCCUGUUGCGAAGCCCCAGUCCAACGGCCAUUUCCUCCAAGCUGCUGAGAACGUUGAGUACCUGGGCCUUACUGCCACUGUGCCAGCCGAGGUCCAUUAGGGUCCAGCCUUGCCUGGGCAGAGAACAGGAGCACUUCAGAGCUGACUGAGAUGCUGUCUGAGUUAUUGGGUGUCUGUGGCCCUUGAGGCUACAAGGAGUCUGACAUGGGGACGAGGGGAGAGAUGACACUGACUGCUUUGACCUUUAUUAACCCUUGCUUGCAGCCGUGUAGACCCAGUGACUUAAUGGCCAUAAGGGAAACCAGUAACCAGAAAAUCACCUCUGACCCUGGACUUUUGCAUCAAAUUUCUUCUUUUGUCUCAUUUUAUUUGCUGAACUCUGGAUGGCACCCUCUGAAGACAUGUAGGACUUUGAAAAUAGCUUUGGCUCCUUAAUUUCAAACAGGAGUUGUAGGCAUUGUCUCUUUAAGUAAUGCCAGUUUUAUGGGACAACAGAGCUUUGGCUCAGACUUGGAAAGGUCAGCUUCUAUAAAUCAGCCACCUCACAAUCACUCACGAAGACUACAAAUGGAGCAGUAUUUUUUCUGACCACGUUUGUUUUGAUGUCUGUCUUUGUGCUGUUCUGUUACCUUACCACAAAAUGUGAGUGGGGAGAAAAUGAUGGAGGGGAAGACUGGACAAACAGAAAGGCAAUACAGAGUUGCCACGGUGUCUUUGCCCCUGGUUUUGUGGUAGACCUCACUUUUGUCUACUUACUGGAAGCAUUGAUUGUAAAGACAGGUAUAUAUGUUGAAUAUAUAUGUUCUAUUGAAAGACUCCUCUGUUAAUGGUAAUAAGUGUUACUGUGGUACAGCAGAAUAUAUUGAUGAACUUAUUGUGUCGAAAUAGGUACAAGGAUAUUUGUUUGCGCUUUUAAAUGUUUUGGGACCAAAUUUCUCUGUACAUUUAGGUAUUAUAAGGUAUCCCAAAUCCAGCCAUGGAAUGUAAUAUGUUUUCCUGAAACUUGGAUGGAUUACCUUCUUCCAUUUGGUGGACAUUUGAUACCAUAAUCUAGGCAAUGACAUGAGGCGAGAUUAUCUGAGGAGGAAUGAAGUAUUUUUCUGUUACAUGUUAGAGUUGACCACUUUUAAAAUGAUAUUGCAAUGUUUUAGAUGUUCUGACCAGUGUCUAAUCCCUAUCUCACUUUCCUGUUGGACAGUUUUCAUCCACCUACUCUGUUUCAUUUUGAAGUAUUAUUUUCUUAAUGUGC